AUAACAUUGAUAUUUAGUGCUAUUGUGUGGUUAUAGUACUACUAAUACUACUAUUACUUAUACAUUGGUAUAACAUUCAUACAGUCAUACAGUGCUACUCAAUCUCAGUGCCACUCAAUUGAGUGAAAUGUAUAACAAAACGCCAUUUUAAUUGAAUGGAUGAAAGUAUCAAAUGUUAGUCUCGAUUAUUAGUGUCUUAUAUGGCAGACACACAAUCGGGUCAUAAAGAGGGGACAAUCGGGUCGUCUUCUUUGAAAAGGUCUCAACGAUAUCUCGGCUCGCGAUCACCCAUCAGAACCAGGUCUCGAUCUUUGGCAUCAAAAAGAGAUACAAUUAAUAAAAGCAGUGGAAAUCUGCCGACAACUUCUUCAACAAGUAGUUCAUCACAAAUACAAGACAAUAAACCAAACGACGUAUUAAUUAAAAGCAAAACCAAUCAAAACAAAAGAUUUUCAGACGAAGAAAGCUCUCCCGGAAAGAGAGUCAAAAAGGAGUCGUCAAUAGACAAAGAAUUUGUUGCAAUAAAUCUAAGCUUAAAUAAAGAUAGUUGUGUUGCCUCUUCUUCUUCUGAGGAAAUACCUAAACGCAAAGGAAGACCACGAAAGACAUACACAAGUGAUUCAUCGCUAAUUGAUUCGUCUUCAGAGUUAUCACUUCGUCACGAAUCAAAUCAAGUAAAAGAAACAAAUAUUGAUAAUUUGUUUCUCGCAAAACGUUUUAAAAGUAGUUCAAAGUUAGCGACAAACAGCAGAAUUGGGACGAGUAAUUCACGAGUAUUGUCGGGGGAGCAAGAAAUAGGUCCCGAGCGGACAUCUACCACGGGGUCGUGUGCCAGUUCACGUCGGCGUUCCUCCCGCCUCAAUACCAAAGCUCCCACUCAAUCGUCGUCUUCAAGUUCUGGUGCCGGAACGUCAUCUGUUAGACCUAACUCUACCUCUAAUUCUGGAGGAGGAACUUCUGGCCGAYUCGCGUUUUUUAGAAGUAAUAUUAGGAGUAGUGGUAUGGAUGAAGAUGUCACAAAUGCUGACACUUCCAGAUCAGAUGCCCCRUUGAGCAGUGCAGCCGCUAGUUUAACAGCGAGUGCUCAAUCAUCAUCGGUCGCUGCUUCAUUGGCCAACGUAUUGGUGACCUCAGCUGAUAGUGAGUCCGAUGAGAGCGAAAUGGGCCGAUUGCAGGCCUUACUUGAAGCUCGAGGUUUACCACCGCAUCUAUUUGGCGCUUUAGGUCCUCGAAUGCAACAUCUGUUGAAUCGAUCAAUUGGGACGAGUUCUAGCAGUAAAGCACAUCAAUUGCUUCAAGGAUUACAGGCUAAUGGUGAUGAAGGACAACAAUUACAGGCAGUGAUGGAAAUGUGCCAAUUAUUGGUUAUGGGCAAUGAAGACACAUUAGCGGGCUUUCCCGUCAAAACAGUUGUUCCGGCACUCAUAACACUACUGGGAAUGGAACACAACUUUGAUAUUAUGAAUCACGCGUGUCGUGCCCUGACAUAUAUGAUGGAGUCAUUGCCACGUUCUUCAGCCGUUGUUGUGGAUGCUGUUCCAGUAUUUCUGGAAAAGUUGCAAAUAAUUCAGUGUAUGGAUGUCGCAGAACAGUCUUUAACUGCUUUAGAAAUGCUUUCCCGACGUCAUAGCAAAGCUAUACUUCACGCAAGAGGAGUGUCGGCGUGUUUAACAUAUUUGGAUUUUUUCUCGAUUAACGCUCAACGCUCUGCUCUUUCAAUAACAGCUAAUUGUUGUCAGAAUUUAACUGUAGAUGAGUUUCCGUACGUUCAGGAAUCGUUGUCCACACUUAGCUCCCAUCUGACACAUCCCGAUAAAAAAUCGGUUGAAAGCAUAUGUUUGGCGUUUUCCCGAUUAGUCGAUUGUUAUCAAUUAGAGUACACUAUUAUAUGUGAAAUUGCAUCUAAUAAUCUAUUAACUAAUUUACAACAAUUAUUGAUUGCUAUACCACCUAUCAUCAGCACCGGUACAUUCGUUAGUGUUAUCAGAAUGUUGUCUGUUAUGUGCUCUUCAUGUCCUGAAAUAGCCGUCCAAUUAUUAAGAUUAAAUAUUUGUGAAACACUACGAUAUUUAUUACUGGGUACGAGUGCUACCAAAGAUGACAUUGAAUUAGUGAAUCGUAGUCCACAAGAACUCUUUGAAAUUACAUCACUGAUUGCAGAACUUAUGCCUAGAUUGCCAUCGGAUGGCAUAUUUUCAGUGGACAGUUUGAUUUGUAUCAAAAAUGGUGUUCAAACUGAUGCCAUAAUAUGGCAGUGGAAGGACGACAGAGGUUUAUGGCACGACUAUAAUGGCAUUGAUAGUCGUAUUAUAGAAACGGCUCAUCAGUCCGGUGAAGACGAGAUCAGUUUAUCAACUAUGGGUCGCACUUAUGUCAUAGACUUUAAUUCAAUGCAACAAAUUAACGAAGAAACGGGAACUUCCCGUUCAGUUCAACGUAAAGUGAACUGCGCUACUGAUGUUAAUGCUUUAUCCCAAAGCAAUUUACGUUUAAUAGAUCCCAGAGCCGAAUGUCUUGAGAAUGAGCCGGAAACAGCCACUGGUUUUAUUAAGUCACUAUUCAAUGUAUUAUAUGAAGUGUAUAGCAGUAGUGCGGGACCAGCAGUGCGUCAGAAGUGCCUCAUAUCGUUAUUACGUAUCAUAUAUUAUGCACCAAACGAUUUACUAAAGUCUGUGCUCAAGAAUCAGGAGGUCUCGAGCCAUAUCGCAACGAUGUUGGCCUCACCUGAUCUCAAAAUAGUUGUCGGAGCCAUUCAAAUGGCUAAUAUUCUUAUGGAAAAACUUCCCGAAGUGUUUGUCAUAUAUUUUAGACGUGAAGGUGUUAUCCAUCAAAUACAAAAGCUUUCUAAAGUUGAAGUAAAUGUUGAAAACACUUCUACUUUGAUAUCUACGUCAUCCGUACCUUCUUCUUCAAUAACCAAAAUGGAACCGUCGACUUCUACUUCUGGUUUGGCCACUCCAACAGAUUAUCUGUCACAACCGUAUUCAAUGCUUAUUGAGAACACUAUGAACAUAAGUCCUCCAAACAACUCAUCUCCUCUCGAGGCAUCCCCUCCUUGUGAUGUUUCCAAUGAGUUGUUUGCAAAUACAAUUCAAAGUGCUCUAGAAAAUGGACUCAACAAUAAUAAUAAUGUAUCUAAUUGUGCAUCAGCUCAACCAUUGACUUUAUUGAGCACAUCUGUUCCGGUGACACCAACAAUACCUUCACCUGAUAUGACAUCUGCCAGAAGUACUGAUGAUUCGGUUGCCAUUUCAGAUCAAGCAAUCAAUUCCAGUAGAGUCGAUGAGACAUUAAAACGGAAGAGAACGCGAAAAACAGUAAACACGAGCAGUUCUGGCGCCACCCGUAAGACCCGAAGUGAAAGUGACAACACCUCAUCCCUUAAUUUACGCAAUUAUAACCACAGCACCCAUAGUUCAGUCUCUAGUGUUAACCGACACUUUGCCAAUGAACCAGAAAUGUCAGCAACUCUUAGCACUCCUUAUAUAUCUUUGCCUAUCUUUAUCGGUGAUAAUUCUGCUGCCAGUAAUAAUAACUCCAGCAAUUUGUUGAGCGCAAACACUUCAGUGCCAACACAUAGCUCAUCCCAUAGUAGUCGGGGUCGACCAGCUUUUAGAUUCAGUUCGGCCGCGGCUAAGACGAGUGCAUUUUUUCAAAGUUUACAUCCAUCGCGUUGGGCGCGUUGGAACAGUAGUUCACCCGCUCUCGUCUCUUCUAAUAGUGGACUGGUUUCUGGCCGAUCACAACUCUCGUCUCACGCCUCUGACCACUCGUCCAUUUCUCGGUCAUCAUCUCCGCGAUCUCCUAACAAUAGCGGAAAUAGAGAAAAGAUAAAACAAUGGAUUAGAGAACAGGCAAAGAUAUUUGAAGAAAAAUAUUUUAAAGAUAAUGACAUAAAUUAUUUGGGAGACGACAACAAUUCACAUCCAUCUCUCAAUAUUAUAAAUCGUUUAACAAAAGCCAUUGAAAUGUUAGACGAAAAUCAUAUUAAAGGGUUGGAAGAUAUUCGGGUCGUUGUUAUGGAGGGUGAUAUCUCUUCAUUUGAAUUGAAUCACUCGGGACUCGUUACACGAUUUCUUAGUUUUCUUGUAUCUAAUGAUAAUUCAAAAGUAAGUCGUGAAGACAGACUUCGUUCAUUUCUUCACGUAUUUUUCGGGACACCACUUGAAGACACGUGUAAUAUGGAUUCAAUAUUGAGUGACAAUAUUAACAGUGCGCCGAUUCAAGCAUUAGUCAACAAAUUAAAUGCUUGUGUUUCACAAUUGGAACAAUUUCCGGUCAAAGUUCAUGAUUUGAUGGGCUCUGGCUCUGGUAGUAUUCGAGGUGCCAGUGCUCUCAAGUUUUUCAAUACUCAUCAAUUGAAAUGUAAUUUACAACGACAUCCCGAUUGUACUAAUCUUAGACAAUGGAGAGGCGGACCCGUCAAAAUAGAUCCAUUAGCUUUAGUACAAGCAAUUGAACGAUAUUUAGUUAUUAGAGGUUAUGGCAAGAUUAGGGAUGAAGAUGAAGACGCCAGUGAUGAUGAUAUUUCAGAUGAAGAAUUUGAUGACAAUAUGGUUGCAAUGAUGAUCAGUCAAAAUCAAGGACGACAUAGACUACAGUUUUAUAUUGGAGAACAAGCGUUGCCCUACAAUAUGACAGUUUAUCAGGCAAUCAAACAAUACGCUUACGGACAUAACGCCCACAAUUCAGACGGACACGAAACAGAUGAGUCGGAGGCACCCAUGGGUCACGCAAACAUAUGGGUCGCAACGCAUACUAUUUAUUAUAAAGCUUAUGUUGACGGUAUCACCAGUCCUUCAACACUGUCAUCUACUCUUGGCUCAAGUUUGGCCAACAAAAACUCAAACAACAAUCAUAUCUCUAGUAAUCAAAGCGGUAAAAAAAGUAGUAAAGGAAAUAAUGGUGGAAAGGGAUCAAACAAAAAGAAAGACGAACUUUGGGUUGAAGGCAAAACACCUGCUAUUUAUUCACCAUUAGAUAUGUAUCUUAAGCUACACUUACCGUCAAACAUAACUGUCCAGGACUUGUCAUUAGAAGUACUGGCAUUGUUGCGAGUAAUUUAUGGUCUAUCUCGAUAUUGGGGUUGGCUCUACUCCAUGGCCGACCCAUACAACAGUGCUUUACCACUUCAAGAGUUCAUUAAUGUUAAGUUAACAGCAAAAGCUAAUCGUCAACUUCAAGAUCCAGUAGUCAUUAUGACUGGUAAUAUACCCAAUUGGUUGUCCCAAAUAGCAUAUGCCUGUCCUUUUGUGUUUCCAUUUGAGACAAGAUAUCUGUUAUUUUAUGUAACAUGUUUUGAUAGAGACAGAGCAUUACAAAGAUUGUUAGACAGUGCACCCGAACUAUCGGGAAAUGAUUCGAGUGAAAGAGUAACUCCAAGACUUGACAGACGAAAGAGAACCGUUUCAAGAGAUGAUAUCUUAAAACAGGCCGAAAAUGUUUUACAUGAUUUGGGUAACUCUAAAGCUUUACUCGAAAUUCAAUACGAGAAUGAAGUGGGAACUGGAUUGGGACCAACUCUUGAGUUUUAUGCUCUCGUAUCAAAAGAAAUGCAAAGAGCAGACCUCGAGAUGUGGAGAGGAGAGGCUGUUUCCGCACCCAAAGUGAUUAAUCCUCAACCAAACCACAAGAUAACGGCCACACCUUCUACUAGUUUUAAUGAAAACAAUAAUCAAAUUGAGAGCAAUGAUAAUAAUCAGCAGUCUAUUCAAUAUAUCUACAGUCCAAAUGGUCUUUUCCCGGCACCAUUGGGACGACAAACCCGUGCCGGACAAGUCUCUAAAGCGCGACAACGAUUCAAACUUUUGGGAAAAUUUGUUGCAAAAGCUUUAAUGGAUUCACGAAUGAUUGACAUUCCAUUGAGUUCUAUAUUUUAUAAAUGGCUUUUAAAUCAUGAGUUAUCCCUAAGUAUCGGUGAUUUACAACAAAUUGAUUCAACAUUUUCUCGUUCUGUCAUUGAAAUGGAGAAAAUAGCGCAACAAAAGCUUAAAAUUCUUAACACAACUGAUGCCAAUAAAGAGAGCAGUUUAGAGUCACUUAAACUUCAUGGCUGUAGUAUUGAAGACCUUAACCUCGAUUAUACACUUCCCGGUUAUCCAAAUAUUGAGCUCAGAAAAGGAGGCAAAGAUUUAGGCGUUACUAUUGAUAACAUCGAGAAUUACAUCCGUUUGCUAACUCAUUGGACUUUAUUUGAAGGAGUGAUCCGACAAAUGGAGGCUUUUCGCGAGGGUUUUGAUUCAGUGUUUCCUUCAUCUCAUUUGCAGCUUUUCUAUGCCGAAGAAAUGGAACAAUUAUUUUGUGGUAGUAAUCAAAAACAAUGGGACGUUAAGAUGUUGAUGGAGUGCUGUAAAACAGAUCACGGAUACAAUCACGACAGUCGUGCCAUUCAUUUCUUGUUUGAGAUAUUGAGUUCAUAUAAUGUUGAAGAUCAACGAAAGUUCUUGCAAUUCAUUAGUGGUUCGCCACGACUUCCUGUCGGUGGCUUCCGUAGUCUAUCGCCUCCGCUAACAAUUGUCCGCAAAACGAUCGAAGGUGUGGAUAAUCCCGAUUGUUUGCCAUCAGUGAUGACUUGUGUCAAUUAUCUCAAACUUCCCGAUUAUAUCACAAUUGAUAUAAUGCGCGAAAAGCUUAAUAUAGCCAUAAAUGAGGGACAGCUUUCUUUCCAUCUCUCGUAACCACCGAUUGUGUGUCCAUUUGUUUUCAGAUAUGAUAUAUUGAGUCAAUAAAUAAAUUAUUUUAAUGAUCUCUGACUUUGAUAGCGGAGUUAAUGAUAACCAAUGAUUGCAAUAAUUGAUUGAAACAACGCUUUCUUUAAAGACUGCAAAAAAAAUUUAACGAGAAAUCAAUCUGUGAUUAACUUCUAUAUAUAUUUUUGUUUAUUAUUAUUUCAUUUGUUUAAAUAUAUGCUUAAAAUUUAGUUUGUAUUCAA